GAUCCCUCUGCCGUGUCAGUCCUCCCCAUUGUCUCCUGAGAGCCUCAAACAAUGGCCCCUAAGAAGAAGGAAGAGCCGAAACCCGCAGCAGCAGCCCCCCCCAAGCCCCCAGAGCCCGAGCGCCCCAAGACCCCGGAGUUUGACCCCACAUCAGUGACGCUGGAAUUCACCCCUGAGCAACUCGAGGACUUCAAAGAUGCUUUUCAGCUGUUUGACAGGACUCCAGCCAACGAGAUGAAGAUCACCUACGGCCAGUGUGGCGAUCUAAUCAGGGCUUUGGGCCAGAAUCCUACCCAGGCAGAGAUCAUGCACGUCCUUGGCAAGCCCAAGGCUGAAGACAUGCAGACCAAGAUGCUUGACUUUGACCAGUUUCUGCCCAUACACCAACACAUUUGCAAGGCCAAGGACCGUGGAACAUUCGAGGACUUUGUGGAGGGUCUAAGGGUCUUUGACAAGGAGGGAAAUGGCACAGUCAUGGGAGCUGAGCUCAGGCACGUUCUGGCAACACUGGGUGAGAAGUUGCGGGAGGACGAGGUGGAGCAGCUAAUGCAAAACCAAGAGGAUGCUAACGGCUGCAUAAAUUAUGAAGCUUUUGUGAAACACAUUAUGGCAUCGUAAAAAGGAUACCUCUUUGUCACUCUGGUGCUACGUCUCUCUGCAUCAAUCAAUAUGAGUCAGAAAUGAGUUGACCCUGAAUUAUUGACCACACAAGAUCUUUAUGUUUGUGUCAAUCCCAUCCUGUACAUUUCUCAUUUCCAUGCGUCUCAGAGGGAUUUGUAUCUCAUCAGUAUUUCACCUUGUUUUUCUAAGACCGCAUGUGUGAAUGCUGUGCACACGUUGCACGAUACCCCUGUUAAUACUGUAAAUCAGGGUAAAUAAAUAAAUUCAUUUUGGUGGUGUUCUCUUUUGCA